CUUGGAGCAACAGGUCAGGUUGGUGGCGUUUUCGCGGGGUUUAGAGUCGGUAGUUGAGAAAUUCACGGUGCAAUUUAUUUCGCAAGUUUCUUUUCCUUACAACUACUCAACGUCGGUGGUUCACCUUCAACUACCCCCCAGUCCUCUAGUUGGUUAGCCAUCUCAACUCACCAUGGCGCUGCUGAUGCUCCCACAAGAGGUGAUACUCCAUAUUAUGGAGUGCCUCGGAUCAGACUAUCUGAGGCAAGACAUCAAUCGGCUUUUCAUAUCAAAGAAAUGGUUUCAAGCCGCACAAUUCACCAUGCUCCAGCAUCUCACCGUCACAUCCACAUUGCUCCGAACUCUUGUCGCCGCAUCAGAGCAAGGUAAAGUUGCUUUGGAUCUUGAAAAACACCUCCAAAGCAUGUAUCUUUCCUUUAAUGGAAUGAAUAAAGCGCCGCUCCCCCGGAAACGGCGUAAGCUGAGCCACUGCUCUAUCGGUGAUGGUCUACAACAUGAGGAGAACCACUCCGAUGAACCUAUGGAUGACUAUCUAUGGACGUAUACCUUCAACGAACGCAUCAUAAGGCUGAGAGGGAUUUUAGAGCGCUGUGAAAAAUUCAAGACGCUGCGAAUUGAGGCCAGAGAAGAGCAACCAAAUCUGCCUAGAGAUAUGCACAACAGACCAUAUUUGGUGGGCUCUGCGUUGCUUUCAUUACUGGAUCUGGCCGCGUUGCAAAAUCUUACUCUUGACCUCCAUGGAUCCGACGUAAUUGAGGACGUGUAUUACCGGGAAAGGGUGCAUUUCUGUACUAAUAUACGCCGACUCUUCUCUCGGCUGAAAAGCUUUGAAUGUCGCAUGUCGACCAUCUGCCCAGACCUGCUCAGCGCUGGCACAUCUAGCGAGAAGCUUCAGUUGGAAGUCGUGAUUGUGAAUCUCUGCAUUGGGACCGCCCACAGUCCCAAGAUUCCUUAUCGCUAUCCUACCAGAUGCAAUGCUGGCAGACAACGCAGUUUUGGACAGCUCCGAAACGACAUGGAAAUGCAGGCCGAGUUACUCUGUGACUCGAUGAGGCAGCCCCGGAUCGUCAGAGUUAUAUCCCAUGAAGCAGCCACAUUGCAGCAUCAGACCUUUGACGCGGUCACGAAGAAGCUAUAUGAAUUUGAUCCAUCUGGGCCAUGGAGUGGUCAAGGAAAGCUCAUUGAAGACGAAAGCUCGGGCGUGGACGAGUAAACCUGACGUUGUUGUUACUGUUAAUAAUAGGGAAGGGAGCGAGUUGGCAAGGCUUCGUGCCGCCAAGGUGUAUUGAAUCGAGCUGAUUCAGGAGGGAUUUUGAUAAAAAAAAACCUUGUGUAUUUAUACAAUUUAUAUUUUUGUGUCAAAAAGCCGAAUAAACUUGUAUAAUUUUGAUUUUUGACAGGCU